AUGGCCACAGCAGCGCGAAUCGCAGCGCGCUCCAGCCUGCAUAGGCUGGCAGUUCGUCCUGCGAGCCUCCGCACCUUCUACUCCAACGCGAGCGCUGAAAGUGCCAUCAGCGAGUCCGCCGACGAUCUUGCCGCGUCCCAAAAAUCCAUUUUUGCUCCGCUGGACACUUUUCCUCGUCGGCAUAUUGGGCCUAAUUUAUCCUCUUCUCAAGAGAUGCUCAAGGCGCUGGAUCCGCCCGUGUCGUCUCUCGAUGACUUUGUCAAGGAAGUGCUCCCUGCCAACAUUUUGUCGGCGAAAGAUAUCAAAAUUAAGGGCCCCACCUCCGGAGAAGAGGACGGCUUCACCGAGAGCCAGUUGCUCAGCCGCUUGGUAGAGAUUGCCAAAGACAACACGGUGUUGCGAAGUUACAUUGGCUCUGGCUACGCAGGAACCAGGCUGCCAGAGGUCAUUAAGCGCAAUGUGCUCGAGAAUCCUGCAUGGUAUACAAGCUAUACCCCUUAUCAGCCUGAAAUCAGUCAAGGUCGCUUGGAGUCAUUGCUGAACUUCCAGACCGUUGUCUCGGAUCUCACUGCGCUCUCUAUUGCCAACGCCUCCGUUCUGGAUGAGCCCACUGCCGCCGCCGAGGCUAUGACCCUUUCUUUGAAUGCCCUGCCCAUGGCUAGGCAAAAGCGACCGAACAAGGUCUUCUUGGUCUCACAUCUCUGCCAUCCACAGACAAUUGCCGUUUUGCAGUCGCGGGCCGACGGUUUCGGCAUCAAGAUUGAAACUGGCGACGUUCUUGCCGAGAAUUGCAAGCGCGUCAAGGAAGUCGGCCAGGACCUUGUCGGCGUCCUUGCACAAUAUCCGGAUACUGAGGGUGGUGUGGAGAACUUCAAGGACCUCGCGGACAACGUUCACCAGGCCGGUGCGACAUUCAGUGUUGCAACAGACCUUUUGGCGCUCACUGUCCUCACUCCCCCCGGCGAAUUCGGUGCUGAUAUUGCUUUUGGCAAUGCCCAGCGUUUCGGUGUCCCGUUCGGCUACGGCGGUCCUCAUGCUGCCUUCUUUGCCUGCAACGACAAGGCGAAGAGAAAGAUCCCUGGCCGUCUUAUCGGUGUUUCCAAGGAUCGAAGAGGCGACCGUGCCUUUCGUUUAGCUUUACAGACCCGUGAACAGCAUAUUCGUCGUGAGAAGGCUACGUCCAACAUAUGUACCGCUCAGGCUUUGCUCGCAAACAUGAGCGCCUUUUAUGCGGUUUAUCACGGGCCCCAGGGUCUCAAGGCCAUUGCGCACAGAGUUAUCGCUGGCGCCCGUGUGCUGGAAGAAGGUGUUCGACGUCUGGGCUACGAGACGGGUCAACGCGGAAAGGAUCAAGAAGGUCGCGUGUUAUUCGACACUGUCGUCGUCAACGUGGGCGAGAACAAAGCUCGGAGCUUUGCAGACUGGGCCGUCGAGAACAAGGGCAUCAACUUGCGAAUCAUUGACGAGGGCCGCAUUGGCGUCACAGUCGAUGAAACUGUUGAGAAGGUCGAUCUUGAAGACAUCCUCUCCGUCUUCAAACAAUUCUCAGCACAGCCAGUGGAGCUGAACGUCGAGGAGCUGGCGGCAGACCUGAAGAUCACCGCGGCUCAGCCCUCCCCAGCUGUGCCAGAGACCAUCAAGCGCACAUCUUCCUAUCUGACCCACCCCGUCUUCAACACCUACCACUCCGAAACUGCUCUUCUUCGUUAUAUUUACCACCUCCAGUCCAAGGACCUCUCCCUGGUUCACUCCAUGAUCCCGUUGGGUUCUUGCACCAUGAAGCUCAAUGCCACCACCGAAAUGGCUCCUGUUACCUGGCCCGAGUUCUCCUCGCUUCACCCCUUUGUCCCCAAGGACCAGGCUAAGGGCUACGCUACGAUGAUUGAUGAGCUUGAGAAGGAUCUUGCUGAAAUUACCGGUUUCGACGCCGUUUCGUUGCAACCCAACUCAGGAGCGCAGGGCGAGUUUGCCGGACUUCGAGUGAUUCGAAAGUAUCUGGAGUCGAACCCUGACACCAAGAAGAGAGACAUUUGUCUCAUUCCUGUAUCGGCUCACGGCACCAACCCUGCCAGCGCCGCGAUGGCGGGUAUGCGAGUUGUCACCAUCAAGUGCAAUAAUCAGAAUGGCAACCUGGAUAUGGCCGAUCUCAAGGCGAAAUGCGAAAAGUACAGCGAGGAGCUCGGAGCUAUCAUGAUCACGUAUCCCAGCACGUUUGGUGUCUUUGAGCCCGACGUCAAGGAGGCCAUCGACCUUGUACACCAGCACGGCGGUCAGGUUUACAUGGAUGGCGCCAACAUGAACGCUCAGAUUGGUCUGUGCUCCCCUGGCGAGAUUGGCGCUGAUGUGUGCCAUCUGAACCUCCACAAGACUUUCUGCAUUCCCCAUGGCGGUGGCGGACCAGGCGUUGGACCUAUCGGUGUGCGCUCACACCUCGCGCCCUUCUUGCCGGGUCAUCCCGUUAUUCCCACUGGUGGUGAAAAUGCCAUUGCCCCGAUCUCCGGUGCUCCCUGGGGCAGCGCCAGCAUCCUCCCCAUUAGCUGGGCUUACGUUAAGAUGAUGGGCGGCAAGGGCCUGACGCAUGCGACCAAGAUUACUUUGCUCAACGCCAAUUACAUCCUCUCCCGUCUUCGACCCCAUUAUGAGAUUCUCUACACGAACGAGAAGGGCCGCUGCGCGCAUGAAUUCAUCCUUGAUGUGCGAAAGUUUAAGGACACUGCUGGCGUUGAAGCUAUUGACAUUGCCAAGAGAUUGCAAGACUUUGGUUUCCAUGCUCCCACCAUGUCCUGGCCUGUGGCUAACACGCUCAUGAUUGAGCCCACCGAGUCCGAGAACAAGGAGGAGCUCGACCGCUUCUGCGAUGCGCUCAUUGCUAUCCGCCAGGAAAUUGCGGCUGUUGAAAAGGGCGAGCAGCCUCGCGGCACCAACGUCCUCAACAUGUCGCCCCACACGCAAAAGGAUCUGAUUGAGGGCGAGUGGAAUCGGCCUUACACCCGUGAGCAGGCCGCGUAUCCUCUGCCUUGGCUCAAGGAGAAGAAGUUCUGGCCAUCGGUGACCCGCCUCGACGAUGCAUACGGAGACAUGAACCUGUUCUGCAGCUGCGCUCCCGUCGAGACCCUCGAAAAUUAA